UAGAUGCUGUCAGCGAGGGAAGUUAAGCAAAUUAGCAAACAAUAAAAAAGACUGAACGAAUCAGCUGGUUUUCAAACUUUUCAUUAUAUUUCAGUUGCCUAUUUCUAAUAAAGUAUUUUCGUACUAUCUGUGUUAUACAUAAAGCUAUUUUUACUUAAUGAAAAGUUUUAUACGCAGAAAAAUACCAUCAAAAUGAUAUCGUGUCAAUCAAUCACUAUUCACCGGUCUUUCAUAGGCAAUGUGAGGCAUUUAGUGAGAACUUUUAUGACCCAGGGCUUCCCAAAUUCAUCAGUUUCUAGCUUAAAUGAAGAACAAAUCAAAGGAAAGUAUGACAUCAUAAUAGCUGGCGGUGGCAUGGUAGGAUGCACCUUGGCAUGUGCCCUAGGUAAGAAUUCAGUGCUUCAAAAUAUGAAAAUACUUUUGUUAGAAAGCAGCCCAAAUAAGAAAUAUGAUCUUAAAAAAGAAUAUAGCAACAGAGUUGUUGCUCUCAACCAAAACACAAAAUCCCUAAUGAAUUCUUUGAAAGUUUGGGAGCAUGUGGAAAAUAUGCGGCUUCAACCUGUUCGGAAUAUGCAAGUAUGGGAUGCCUGUUCAGAUGCACUAAUCUCUUUCACCAGUUCAGAUAUGAUGGGGGAUGACAUUGCCUAUAUUGUUGAAAAUGAUUUAUUGCUACAUGCUGUCAACACAGAACUAACAUCGCCAAGUGUGAAAAAUGUUCAAAUUGUUUAUGGGGCUAAGAUUUCCGGAUACAAACUUACAAGAGAAACAUCUGACUGUAACAUAGUGAAGCUGGAUAAUGGAGACACAUAUUUGUGUGAUUUAUUGAUCGGUGCAGAUGGCGCCAACUCAGCGGUCCGGAACGCGAUGGGUGUGCAGUAUCUCUCCUGGAGCUACGACCAGAUGGGGGUGGUGGCCACAUUGUAUCUAGCCGAGGAGUGCGAGAACACAACUGCAUGGCAGCGGUGGUUGCCGCAGGGACCCAUUGCACUCCUGCCGCUGGACUCCAAGCGCAGUUCGCUGGUGUGGUCCACCUCCAUCGACCAUGCGAAGGAGCUCCUCAGUCUGCCGGAAGAACAAUUCGUCGACUCGAUCAAUGAUGCACUGUGGAAGGAGUACCCUCGCAAUAGCGCGGUGGAGCGCACGCUGCGGUGGCUGCAGAGUGCACGGGCGCUGCCGCCGUCGGCGCGGGCGGCGCUGCGGCAGUCGCGCGCCGCGUUCCCGCUCGGCUUCGGCCACAGCACCAGAUACGUCGCGCCGGCCGUCGCGCUAGUCGGAGACGCAGCACACCGAGUGCACCCGCUGGCGGGGCAAGGAGUCAACCUCGGGUUCGGAGACGUCAAGGACCUCGCUCAGCUGUUGUCCGACGCUGUGUACCAGGGAUUGGACAUUACUCACCACAGCUGGCUGGAGAAGUACGAAAGCGUUCGUCAACGUCACAACGUGCCCACCCAGCUGGCAGUGGACUUGCUGCACAGAUUGUACACGUGGCAGCAGCCGCCGGUGCUGUGGCUGCGGAGCGUGGGGCUGCAGCUGACGCACGCGGCUGAACCGCUCAAGAAACUGAUAAUGACUCAAGCAUCAACAUAAUAUGAGCUCAUACUUAUGUAGCUUACUUCAUAGGAAGUUGAAGAAGAAGAAGUGGGAGUUUUUGUAGUAAAUACAUUUAUCAUCAUUAUCAUCACAUGAGAAAAAACGCUGAUGGACUAUCUUAGGUACAUUGUCGUUUUUUUUAUUAUGGAUCACUCGGCUUACAUGAUGCUGAUUACACGUAAGCUGAUAAUUUAUAUUUUAAAUUUGUUAAACCAGUCAAUAUGGAGCAAUCAUAAAAACGUGGAAACAUUUACGUAAUCAAAUUAUCAGAAAAAUAGUCUUACUCGUUUUGAAAAUACUAUCUUCUGAAAGUUGUCGACACGGCUCCGUCGAUAAAGACACGUCUUCUAAUUGUUAUAUUCAUUUAUUUGUCACGUUAUAAUCAAACAAUUUAAUUCAAAGUAUAUACUUUGUUAUACUUUAAUGAUCAUACGUGAUUCUCAUAUGAUAAUCAUAGAUAAGAAAAUAUAAUAAUAAUGUUCUUUGAAAAUUCUGUCAAUCGGAAUCCCUAUAGUACAAGCACUGUUCGUAUAUUUCUACCAUAAUAGCGUGUGAUGAAAAUGGCCUUUUAGAUUGUACAUGUGCGUACAUAACUAUCUAUUUACUCAGAUAGCGGUCGGGAAUGUGUCUUGAUAAGCCAAAGGAGAUAAGGUUAAAGGUUAUGUAGUAAUAAGAACAAAAUUGUAUUGUUUAAUUUAGUUUCGACACUGUAUUAUUUCAGUUAAAUCUAGUCUUACUUUAGAUUUUUAAAAUAAACCUGAGCGGAAUAAAACAUGUUUUCACAAA